CGUGGAGUUGGAUAAUGUUCACGUGUUGGGUAACAGAGGCAGCUGCCACUCCUCCACCAUGCAGCGGGUUUCUUACGUGAUAUAACCGAAAACCUCUGGACCUCCGUAGCACGUAUACUUGCCGUGGCUGCCAGCUGCACCAAAGCGACCCGCCCAUAAUCUGUAAACAUGCCGCACGAAAAAGUUCCUGACACCCCUGUGGAAGUCAUAGUGGAUCUGUUGACAAAGGCUGAGAGCAUAGCUGCAACAUGUGCUGCUGUUCCAGAGGAACUGAAAAGUCACCUGCACAAGGCUCUGGACAUCGCCAGCGGGCUAGAUGAGUACUUGGAGAAGAUGACCACCAAAGAAAGCGAGCCUCUUGCAGAGCUUUAUGAGAAAACGGUGUCUCACGACUGGGACCAAGUGUUUAAGGAGGGCAAGACUAAGUUCCGGCUUCCAAAGGAGUGCAUCACCGGCCAUGUUGAGGGUCAGGCCCUUAAGAUGCUCAUCCACAUGAGUCGGGCCAAGAGGGUCCUGGAGAUCGGGAUGUUCACUGGCUACGGAGCUCUGUCCAUGGCGGAGGGGCUUCCGGAAGAUGGCUGCUUGGUGGCCUGUGAGUUAGAACCCUACCUUAAAGAGUUCGCUCAGCCCAUCUUUGACAAGUCUCCACAUGGUAAAAAGAUAACUGUCAAGAUUGGAUCUGCCAUGGACACCCUAAAGGAUUUAGCCACUGCGGGUGACCAGUUCGACAUGGUCUUCAUUGAUGCAGACAAGAGUAACUAUAUCAACUACUACAACUUCAUAAUGGAUAACAACUUGUUGAGAUUGCAAGGGGUUAUAUGUGUGGAUAACUCCCUCUUCAAAGCAAAGGUUUAUCUUAAAGAUACCACAGAUAGCAACGGCCUGGCGCUUCGAGAGUUUAACCAGUUUAUCGCAAACGAUCCCCGGGUAGAACAGGUCAUCCUCCCUCUCAGAGAUGGCAUCAGUCUUAUCCGGCGCGUAUCUGGGUCCUCAACCCGGUCGCUGUCUCAGGGCAACAUAACAGAUGACGAAGUUUUCCGCGGCACCAAGGGGCAUUCCAUCUUGGACCGGAUGCGUCUGGAUGGGAAGGUGGCCUACGUGACGGGCGCCGGACAGGGCAUCGGCCGGGGCUUUGCUCACGCCCUGGGUGAGGCUGGCGCCAAGGUGGCUGUGGUGGACAUGGACCAAACCAAAGCUGAGGCAGUGGUUAAAGAGCUCUUCCUUAAAGGCAUCCACGCCAUUCCUAUCGCAGCUGACAUCAGCAAGUCAGAUGACGUGCAGAGGAUGGUUGACACCAUCGUGUCCAAAUGGGGAGCGAUCCACAUCGCCUGCAACAACGCUGGCAUUAACAAGAACUCGGCCAGCGAAGACACAAGUUUAGAGGAGUGGGACCAGACUUUCAAUGUGAACCUGAGGGGGACGUUUCUGUGCUGUCAGGCGGCGGGUCGAGUGAUGUUAAAGCAGGGAUACGGCAAGAUUAUCAACACAGCCUCCAUGGCCAGUCUAAUAGUCCCCCAUCCCCAGAAGCAGCUUUCCUACAACACCUCCAAAGCUGGAGUGGUGAAACUGACUCAGACUCUGGGAACUGAAUGGAUCGACAGAGGAGUGCGCGUCAACUGCAUCUCACCGGGGAUUGUUGACACCCCUCUCAUCCACUCGGAGGAUCUGAGGCCUCUGGUGCAGCGCUGGCUGUCAGAUAUUCCUGCUGGUAGACUGGCUCAAGUGACAGACCUGCAAGCUGCAGUGGUCUACUUGGCAUCUGACGUCUCUGACUACAUGACAGGGCAUAACUUAGUCAUAGAGGGUGGGCAAAGUCUGUGGUAGAAGCAGCUCAUGAAGAGAUGAAAACUUUUUCUCUCUCUUUGAAUUCAACUCAGAAAUAUAGAGUUUUACAGGAUGCUGCUUUUCUGUCUGGGGUCUGAAAUGGUAAAAUGUGAUUUUUUUUUUUUUAUGGAUGACAACAACCACCAUUAAAGUAAUUUUGUACUGUGCCUGCAUAAUUAUUCAUACUUCAUACAUUUUGGAAUGUUUUCUAGGUUUUUGUUGUAUUCUUGUUAUGCUAUGGGAAACCUGACAGAAAAUUGCUAAAAUACCACUAAAAUCAACAGUAUUUGAGUUUAUUUUUGAAUUCAGCCAGAAAAUGGAAAAAGGCGGAUGCCGAUUUCGGAGCACAAGGGAGGCAUUUUCGCCCUGAAACAUCAGAAUAAAAGUUGCUUUGUUUGCUGGGUUUGAUACGAUCUGCGUCAGCCUCAGAAGUAAAUUGUUGUUGGUGA